AAAAGGACCUUUUGUUGCUAUCUGGUUGUGUGUGGAACCUGACAGAAUUGCCAAGAUGCUGCUGCUUUGGACUCUUUCACUGCUGCUGGGAGCAGUAGCAGGAAAAGAAGUUUGCUAUGAAAGACUCGGCUGCUUCAGUGAUGAUGCCCCAUGGUCAGGAAUUGUGGAAAGACCCCUCCAUAUAUUGCCCUGGGAUCCAAAAGAUGUCAACACCCGCUUCCUCCUAUAUACUAAUGAGAACCCAAACAACUUUCAAGAAAUUGUCGCAGAUUCAUCAACCAUCAGUAACUCCAAUUUCAAAACAAAUAGAAAAACUCGCUUUAUUAUUCAUGGAUUCAUAGACAAGGGAGAAGAAAACUGGCUGGCCAAUAUAUGCGAGAAUCUGUUCCAGGUGGAAAGUGUGAACUGUAUCUGUGUGGACUGGAAAGGUGGCUCCCGAACUGGAUACACACAAGCGUCACAGAACAUCAGGAUUGUGGGAGCAGAAGUAGCGUAUUUUGUUGAAGUUCUGAAGUCGGCGUUCGGUUACUCACCUUCCAACGUGCACGUCAUUGGCCACAGCCUGGGUGCCCACGCUGCUGGGGAGGCUGGAAGGAGAACCAAUGGGACCAUUGGACGUAUCACAGGGUUGGACCCAGCAGAACCUUGCUUUCAGGGCACACCUGAAUUAGUCCGAUUGGACCCCAGUGAUGCCCAAUUUGUGGAUGUAAUUCACACGGAUGGUGCCCCCAUAGUCCCCAAUUUGGGGUUUGGAAUGAGCCAAGUUGUGGGCCAUCUAGAUUUCUUUCCAAAUGGAGGAGUGGAAAUGCCUGGAUGUGAGAAGAAUAUUCUCUCUCAGAUUGUGGACAUAGAUGGAAUCUGGGAAGGGACUCGAGACUUUGCGGCCUGUAAUCACUUAAGAAGCUACAAAUAUUACACUGAUAGCAUCGUCAAUCCUGAUGGCUUUGCUGGAUUUCCCUGUGCCUCUUACAGCGUCUUCACUGCAAACAAGUGCUUCCCCUGUCCAAGUGAAGGCUGCCCACAGAUGGGUCACUAUGCUGAUAGAUAUUCUAGGAAAACAAAUGAUGUGGGCCAGAAAUUUUAUCUAGACACUGGUGAUGCCAGUAAUUUUGCACGUUGGAGGUAUAAGGUAUCUGUCACACUGUCUGGAAAGAAGGUUACAGGACAUGUACUAGUUUCUUUGUUUGGAAAUAAAGGAAACUCUAAGCAGUAUGAAAUUUUCAAGGGCACUCUCAAACCAGAUAAUACUCAUUCCAAUGAAUUUGACUCAGAUGUGGAUGUUGGGGACUUGCAGAAGGUUAAAUUUAUUUGGUAUAACAAUGUGAUUGACCUAAAUUUACCCAGCGUGGGAGCAUCCAAGAUUAUAGUGGAGACAAACGAUGGAAAACAGUUCAACUUCUGUAGUGCAGAAACCGUCAGGGAGGAUGUUCUGCUCACCCUCACACCGUGUUAGGAGACUACUGUUACCAAUGAAUUGACUUCUAAUAAAAUCUGGUGGUGAUGCAUUA